CUCUGCAGCUCAAUAACUUUCCUUUCUGCUUGCUUGCUUGCGAAGAGGCUUAGCAAACAAUCUCUGCACAAGACUAAAGGCUGGGAAAAACCUGUGUUUUAAUAGCUCUGGCAGUGAGCAAAUUCCAGCAAUGAGCAAAUAAUAUUCCCACCCUGCUUUGGUUUUUCCAAGAGUCGAAAGUGAAAUAAUGCUUAUUCUUCCGCACGGGAUGUUGCAAUCAUAUUUACUGCAGUGAAAAAUGCUUUGAAAAGGAAGAAUGAGAUGUAAUUAUCAUCAUUUACUAUGUGGGGGCAUCAUGUAGAUGGAGCAAUGCUUUGCAAGCCAUAAAGCCGGGCUGAUGCCCCGGGGCACUCGCAGCACAAAGGAUCUGUUUGCAGUUUCAUUGACUGAGGACUUACAGCACCUGAACAAAUGAGCAGAAAAAAAGAACAUGACCCACAGAACCACAGUUUUUUUGCUGCUCUUUUUAAUUCUCAAGGAACAACUAAUUGCUUUCUUUCUUUCCUUAUUAUUUUUUUUUAAUUUUGGAUUGGUUUGUUUCCCCUGGAUUACUCUUCCAGCCCGUAAGAAGAGAGCAGAUGGUGUUCGUGCCUUCAGUCUGAUGGAUUUAAAUAUGGAAGGGAAAUUCUGAGAGCACUGGGAAUACACUGGAAAUAAAAGCGUGGGAAAAUAAGCUGAAGGGGACUGUGUGCUGCUGCCUAUCUGCAACUGGGCAGGAGAAAUCCUGGAAAAAUGGAAAAAAAGGCAACAAGCAACGAGACUCAGCCGCUGACUUCCAAGAAAGGUAUCUCAGACUGUAACGAAGGAGAAGAUUGUAAAGAGAACGGACUGCUGAUCAAGAACCCUAAAUCUGCCCUGCGGCUCAUGGAGGAUGGGAACAAAAUCCAUCCUGGCCAGGGAAAUAAGGAGGAGGCAGCUCAGAUCUCAAAUGGCUACUCGGGAGUUCAGAGCUCCGUGCCUUGCAAUGGGAUGGGAGAGGUGGAGGAUGCGCAGUGCACCAACCCAGCAGCCACAACCACCACAACCACCACGUCCACCACGUGUGGAGCAGAGGGCCAGCAGCAGCUGAUGGAGCUGGAAGACAGAGAGACCUGGAGUAAAAAAAUUGAUUUUCUGCUCUCUGUCAUUGGAUACGCAGUGGAUCUGGGAAAUGUGUGGAGAUUUCCUUACAUAUGCUAUCAGAAUGGAGGAGGAGCAUUCCUCAUUCCUUACACAAUUAUGGCCAUCUUCGGUGGUAUUCCGCUCUUCUAUAUGGAAUUAGCAUUAGGACAGUACCACAGGAAUGGGUGUAUUUCAAUUUGGAGAAAAAUAUGUCCUAUAUUCAAAGGCAUUGGCUUUGCCAUCUGUGUGAUAGACCUCUAUGUAGCCUCCUACUACAACACCAUCAUGGCAUGGGUCUUCUACUACCUCGUGUCCUCCUUCACGACGGAGCUGCCGUGGACCAGCUGCAAUAAUGCAUGGAACACAGGCAACUGCACUACUUACUUCAGCAAGGACAACGUCAGCUGGGCCCUGCACUCCAUCUCUCCUGCAGAAGAAUUUUAUACCCGCCAAGUUCUACAGGUGCAUAGGUCCAAUGGGCUGGAUGACCUGGGGGGCAUUAGCUGGCAAUUGACCCUCUGUUUAUUGUUAAUCUUCAUCAUUGUAUACUUCAGCAUCUGGAAAGGGGUCAAAACAUCUGGCAAGGUGGUGUGGGUGACAGCCACGUUCCCUUACGUCAUACUUUUUAUCCUGCUAGUGAGAGGGGCGACUCUGCCCGGUGCCUGGAGAGGUGUCCUCUACUACCUGAAACCUGAAUGGCAGAAGCUCCUGGCCACUGAGGUUUGGGUGGACGCAGCAGCUCAGAUUUUUUUCUCUCUCGGCCCAGGUUUUGGGGUCCUAUUGGCUUAUGCCAGCUACAACAAAUUCCAUAACAACUGCUACCAAGAUGCCCUGGUUACCAGCACUGUGAACUGCCUGACCAGCUUCGUGUCCGGGUUUGUCAUUUUCACUGUGCUGGGGUACAUGGCUGAGAUGAGGAAUGAAGAUGUGUCGGAGGUUGCCAAAGACAUGGGACCCAGUCUGCUCUUCAUUACCUACGCCGAAGCCAUUGCAAACAUGCCUGCCUCAACUUUCUUUGCCGUCAUAUUUUUCUUGAUGUUACUCACGCUGGGAUUAGACAGCACGUUUGCAGGGUUAGAGGGAGUGAUUACUGGAGUACUGGAUGAAUUCCCACAUGUCUGGAGCAAGCGCAGGGAAUUCUUUGUCCUCAGUCUGAUCAUCAUUUGCUUUUUGGGGUCAUUAGCAACCCUGACUUUUGGAGGCGCCUACGUGGUGAAGCUGUUUGAAGAAUACGCCACAGGCCCAGCUGUGCUAACAGUGGUGUUCCUGGAAGCGGUGGCAGUGGCCUGGUUCUACGGCAUCAACCAGUUUUGCAAUGAUGUGAAAGAAAUGCUGGGCUUCGCCCCAGGCUGGUACUGGCGAGUGUGCUGGGUGGCAAUCAGUCCCAUCUUCCUGCUGUUCGUCACUUGCAGCUUUCUGUCCAACCCCCCCGAGCUGCGGCUUUUUGAUUACAACUAUCCCUACUGGACCACAGUAGUGGGCUACUGCAUAGGAACCUCUUCCAUCAUCUGUAUCCCAAUCUACAUGGUUUAUCGGCUGAUCAUCACUCCUGGAACACUUAAGGAGCGUAUUCUGAAAAGCAUUACUCCAGAAACAGCCACAGAAAUUCCUUUUGGAGACAUCCGCAUGAAUGCAGUGUAAGCUAACCUGGUUUCUGGGGAGAGAGGGGAAGCACAGAAUCGAACUUUCCACCCAAGGAAUUACAUUUCCAGCUGAGAUAACAACGGGAUGAGUUUUCUGUGGAGGUUCUGACACUGACAACAGACAUUUGGAAACAUGAUGCCUCCAGCACAUCUAUCCAAGCAAUUCAAUGAAACCUGCCACGCACUUCUAACCAGACUGACCUGAGAACCAACUCAUUCUGGAAACACGAGGAUGUCUGUGUGUGUGAAGACAGCACUGCUCCAUGUGUGGGCACUGGGGCUGUUGCAGAAGCCUCUCUAGGAUGAGCAGCAGCGGUAGGAUUAGGUUUAGAAUCUCAAGUCUGUGGCAGUUCUCCUGUAUCUUCCUCAGUGUAAUCGUUCGUACUGGGCAAUGUUGUAUUUGCUUCUAAGGUUCUAAUUGCUUCAACCACAUUGAAAAAUACAAAAAUAUUUCCAAUAGCCAUAUAUUACUCAAGUAACACAGGGUUUUAUAAACUAAUCAGCAAGUUCUCCAACUCCUGGGUUUGUAGUGGAGUCAUCAGAGGAAGAGGCAGCAAUCUCAAGCAGCACUAUACACAGCUCUGCACAAGUCAUGCACAUUUGGUAACAUCCUCCUCAUUUCAUUUGUAGAUCAUAUGUUUCUAUUGUUUCUUGUUUAAUGCUACAAAACCAGUUUUUGUAAUGUGGGCUUCAUAGUCAAGCAACAAAAAGGUUUCAUUUGACAAGCAGUGAAGCUGCUAGCACAGCUAAGCUACAUAUUCACAAAAUCCUUGUACUCACAGACCGUGCUUUUACACCCAAGGAAACUAUAUACCAAUAAUGAAUUACUUUGAGUUCAAAUGUCGAAAAGUGGACUCUCACAGAUCUGCUUUUCUUUGUUUAUUUUUUAAAUUUCAGUUCCACAGCUAAGAUUGCCCGGAGCCUGUGGCUUUCUCUAUUGUUUCCUGGUACAGACCUCAAGUUUAGAGCAACCCUUUUGGCUGGCUGACAGAAGUAUGUUUACACAAACCUGCUGCCAAGAUUUACUAGCUCCUAUUCUUAUGUGAAUAUAUUUGGUUUUCACCCUGAAGAAUAACAGUAAGGUUUUUUCUUUAACAAGCAGUUGAGUUCAUCAGGAGAUUCUGAUCAGAACCAAUUGCAUUAGAUUCUGAAGCACUGAUGACAUGCAAGCUAACUUCCAUGCAUGUACUAACCUUGCCAUAUUAUAUCUGUACAUAUGCCUCCAGCAGUCUACAGCUUCUCUAUAAACUGACCAUCCCUGCCAAAUCAGCUGGAGGACAGCAGUUUUGCUGUAGUUACAUGGGAAUUUAGAUAAACCCGAGUAGUCAUCAUUUAUGCAAAGACAUUGCAUUUUGACUCUACCACGUAGGUUAUAAAAAUCUAAGAAAAGUAGAAUUAAAUAGAGCAUAAAAGCCUCUUCUGUAUUUCACGGUUUACUUAGGAAACUUACUACUACAAUUAAUGACAUGCACACAUAGCAGCAGGCACUGAGAUACCUAUUGAAGAGUUUACAUCAGUACGAAGCACAUAAGAAAGCAGGGGAGAUGAUUCUAUGACUGCCUUCUGAAAGCAGUCACCUCACUUCCACCACUGCUACUGACCUGAGUUCCCUUAUCUUUAGCACUCAAUCUCAACAAGGAAAUAACCCUAAGGAACAAGGACUGUUCUCUGCAAAUUACAAACAAAGGCCUCCUGCACUGUUUUUUAAAAGGGAGUAUGUUCUUGCACUGCCACCAGAAAAACAUAAUAAAUUUGUCUUACUGGAUGCUUACUCAUACAGAAUAGUUUUGAAGUUUAGCUCUCCAGGCUAUCUGAAAGCCACUUCCAAAACCAUCUUCAUGGUGAGGAAAAGUUCAUCUAGAUGUGCACUAAGAUUUCAAAUUGCCAAUCAGAGAAAAUUACUGAUUGUUUUUAAUAAACUCUUCUGUUACAAGUACGUUCCUUGAAAAAAAUACACCUGAAACGUCAAUGUAAAAUGAACAAUGUCUGUAUUCAGUAUCAAGUGUGAGAAAUAAAGGAGAAAAUACCACACA